ACAUACGACGCUAUUAUGGCCGAGCAUGACGUCACGGGGGGCAAUCAACUCCAAAGUGCCUGGAAUCAGAGAACCGACUCUUUCCGGAAUCGACUCCCAAGUCUAUUAAAGGCUGUCGGGAGCUGCAGCGAGUUCACACCAGUUUUGGGGCCUUUGACCUCAAACAUGGCCUCAUUGCAGCCUGCCAUCGUCCUGCUCCUGCUUCUGACUCUUGCUUGCGGGCUGAGGCAGGGCAGUGUGAUGAUUGAGACCCUGAAUUCAGAGCAGGCCAUCGACCCAAGCGAAGGCACCUUAGAUGAAGGAGGCGCAGAGCAGCAGGAUGGCUCGGCAGAAGGCCAGAGAUACUUGGUGUUUUGUGGUGAAAAUGCUAUGGCGGUAGUUUUGCCCCCAGGCUCUCUCUCUGAGAUGCAGGUCUUUGAUUCAUCAGGAAUGUAUCCUGUCUUCGGCCUUCCAGAGGCCUGUGACUACUCUCUAACCAGGGAAAACGGGAGGGUUGUUCUUCACGUCCACUUCACUGGCUGUCCUGUCACUGAGAAGGGCAGCUACACUCUGAGAUUCCUGUAUCGUAACAGCGCUGGACAGCUUGAGAUCGUCACAGUGUCCUGCAGUAACUCCAGUCACGCGCCCUCUUCAAAAAUGCAAUCUUCACGCCAUCCUGUUCUGUCCUACCCUGCUGUCAAGAUAUCCCCUCCCCAAGCAGUGCAGCUGUCCCUUCCCUAUUGGGGUCCACUGUCCCCUACCCCAGGGGAAUCACUGUCCGUUCCCCAACCUGAUCCACUGCCACCUGCACCAGGGGCACCACUGACUGCUUCCCUAUUGGAUCUGCUGUUCCUUCCUGAAUUUGAUCCGCUGUCCCCUACACCAGGGGAAGCACUGUCCUCUUCCCAAUGGGAACAACUGUCUCCUACACCAACCAGUAUGCAAGUGCUGGCGAUGCCCUCGUCUCUUAGGCUUCAUUCAAAAUGCAAACGAGGAGGGGAUCAACUCUCCUCUCCCCAAUUGGAGCCACUGUCCCCUACACCAGGGAAUCCUCUGCCCACUUCCCCAUGGGAGCCGUCUCCUACACCAGGGACUCCACUGCCUGGUUCCCAUUGGGAGCCGUCUCCUACACCAGGGGCUCCACGGCCCACUUACCCAUGGCAACAGUCUCCUACACCAGGGGCUCCACGGCCCACUUACCCAUGGGAACAGUCUCCUACACCAGGGGAUCAACUCUCCUCUCCCCAAUUGGAGCCACUGUCCCCUACACCAGGGAAUCCUCUGCCCACUUCCCCAUGGGAACAGUCUCCUACACCAGGGGCUCCACGGCCCACUUACCCAUGGGAACAGUCUCCUACACCAGGGGAUCAACUCUCCUCUCCCCAAUUGGAGCCACUGUCCCCUACACCAGGGAAUCCUCUGCCCACUUCCCCAUGGGAACAGUCUCCUACACCAGGGACUCCACUGCCUGGUUCCCAUUGGGAGCCGUCUCCUACACCAGGGGAUCAACUCUCCUCUCCCCAAUUGGAGCCACUGUCCCCUACACCAGGGGCUCCACGGCCCACUUCCCCAUGGGAACAGUCUCCUACACCAGGGACUCCACGGCCCGGUUCCCAUUGGGAGCAGUCUCCUACACCAGGGACUCCACGGCCCACUUACCCAUGGGAACAGUCUCCUACACCAGGGACCCCACGGCCCACUUACCCAUGGGAACAGUCUCCUACACCAGGGGCUCCACGGCCCACUUACCCAUGGGAACAGUCUCCUACACCAGGGGAUCAACUCUCCUCUCCCCAAUUGGAGCCACUGUCCCCUACACCAGGGAAUCCUCUGCCCACUUCCCCAUGGGAACAGUCUCCUACACCAGGGACUCCACUGCCCGGUUCCCAUUGGGAGCAGUCUCCUACACCAGGGACUCCACAGCCCACUUACCCACGGCAACAGUCUCCUACACCAGGGGCUCCACGGCCCACUUACCCACGGCAACAGUCUCCUACACCAGGGGCUCCACGGCCCACUUACGCAUGGGAACAGUCUCCUACACCAGGGGAUCAACUCUCCUCUCCCCAAUUGGAGCCACUGUCCCCUACACCAGGGAAUCCUCUGCCCACUUCCCCAUGGGAACAGUCUCCUACACCAGGCACCCCACGGCCCACUUACCCAUGGGAACAGUCUCCUACACCAGGUACCCCACGGCCCACUUACCCAUGGGAACAGUCUCCUACACCAGGGGCUCCACGGCCCACUUACCCAUGGGAACAGUCUCCUACACCAGGGGAUCAACUCUCCUCUCCCCAAUUGGAGCCACUGUCCCCUACACCAGGGAAUCCUCUGCCCACUUCCCCAUGGGAACAGUCUCCUACACCAGGGACUCCACUGCCCGGUUCCCAUUGGGAGCAGUCUCCUACACCAGGGACUCCACAGCCCACUUACCCACGGGAACAGUCUCCUACACCAGGGGCUCCACAGCCCACUUACCCAUGGCAACAGUCUCCUACACCAGGGGCUCCACGGCCCACUUACCCAUGGGAACAGUCUCCUACACCAGGGGAUCAACUCUCCUCUCCCCAAUUGGAGCCACUGUCCCCUACACCAGGGAAUCCUCUGCCCACUUCCCCAUGGGAACAGUCUCCUACACCAGGGACUCCACUGCCCGGUUCCCAUUGGGAGCAGUCUCCUACACCAGGGGCUCCACGGCCCACUUCCCCAUGGCAACAGUCUCCUACACCAGGGGCUCCACGGCCCACUUACCCAUGGCAACAGUCUCCUACUCCAGGGGCUCCACGGCCCACUUACCCAUGGGAACAGUCUCCUACACCAGGGACCCCACGGCCCACUUACCCAUGGGAACAGUCUCCUACACCAUGGACUCCACGGCCCACUUACCCAUGGGAACAGUCUCCUACACCAGGGGAUCAACUCUCCUCUCCCCAAUUGGAGCCACUGUCCCCUACACCAGGGAAUCCUCUGCCCACUUCCCCAUGGGAACAGUCUCCUACACCAGGGACUCCACUGCCCGGUUCCCAUUGGGAGCAGUCUCCUACACCAGGGACUCCACAGCCCACUUACCCACGGGAACAGUCUCCUACACCAGGGGCUCCACGGCCCACUUACCCAUGGGAACAGUCUCCUACACCAGGGGAUCAACUCUCCUCUCCCCAAUUGGAGCCACUGUCCCCUACACCAGGGAAUCCUCUGCCCACUUCCCCAUGGGAACAGUCUCCUACACCAGGGACUCCACUGCCCGGUUCCCAUUGGGAGCAGUCUCCUACACCAGGGGCUCCACAGCCCACUUACCCAUGGCAACAGUCUCCUACACCAGGGGCUCCACGGCCCACUUACCCAUGGGAACAGUCUCCUACACCAGGGGAUCAACUCUCCUCUCCCCAAUUGGAGCCACUGUCUCCUACACCAGGGGAUCAACUCUCCUCUCCCCAAUUGGAGCCACUGUCCCCUACACCAGGGAAUCCUCUGCCCACUUCCCCAUGGGAACAGUCUCCUACACCAGGGACUCCACUGCCUGGUUCCCAUUGGGAGCCGUCUCCUACACCAGGGGAUCAACUCUCCUCUCCCCAAUUGGAGCCACUGUCCCCUACACCAGGGGCUCCAUGGCCCACUUCCCCAUGGGAACAGUCUCCUACACCAGGGACUCCACGGCCCGGUUCCCAUUGGGAGCAGUCUCCUACACCAGGGGCUCCACGGCCCACUUACCCAUGGCAACAGUCUCCUACACCAGGGGCUCCACGGCCCACUUACCCAUGGCAACAGUCUCCUACUCCAGGGGCUCCACGGCCCACUUACCCAUGGGAACAGUCUCCUACACCAGGGACCCCACGGCCCACUUACCCAUGGGAACAGUCUCCUACACCAGGGGCUCCACGGCCCACUUACCCAUGGCAACAGUCUCCUACUCCAGGGGCUCCACGGCCCACUUACCCAUGGGAACAGUCUCCUACACCAGGGACCCCACGGCCCACUUACCCAUGGGAACAGUCUCCUACACCAUGGACUCCACGGCCCACUUACCCAUGGGAACAGUCUCCUACACCAGGGGAUCAACUCUCCUCUCCCCAAUUGGAGCCACUGUCCCCUACACCAGGGAAUCCUCUGCCCACUUCCCCAUGGGAACAGUCUCCUACACCAGGGACUCCACUGCCCGGUUCCCAUUGGGAGCAGUCUCCUACACCAGGGACUCCACAGCCCACUUACCCAUGGGAGCAGUCUCCUACACCAGGGACUCCACGGCCCACUUACCCAUGGGAGCAGUCUCCUACACCAGGGACUCCACGGCCCACUUACCCAUGGGAGCAGUCUCCUACACCAGGGACUCCACGGCCCACUUACCCAUGGGAACAACCAUCACGUACACCAACCAGUGUGCAGGUGAUGGCGAUGCCCUCAUCUUUUACGCUGCAUUCAAACUUCAAACAAGGAGGCUGCAGCUUUCCUAGUGGUCAGAGAUUGCCGUGUGGUCGUCCUGAGACUACAGCUGCCGAGUGUCUGAGGAGAGGAUGCUGCAGAGACAAGGCUACUUUUGCCUGUUACUACCCCAUGGAUGUAUGUUUGGCCAACGGGCAGUUCGUCUUUGUUGUUCCCUCCAACGUUGCUGGUUUGCCCAUAAACCCUGCACGUCUGAUGGUGGUGGGGAGGAGUAGCUGUAAACCCGUUAUUGCCAACAGAGACUUUGCCGUUUUCAAGUUUGGGGUGACGGAGUGUGGAACACAUUCUUAUCAAAUUGGAGAAACAACAGUUUACUUGGCUGAAGUGCAGUCAGCAAUCAGGAAGCGCGUCCUGCAGUACGGCAUCAUAACCAGGGAUAAUCCUAUCAGGCUUAUGGUUGAGUGUCGCUACUCAAAGGGCAGUUUGGACCUUGCGGACUCUCCGGUCCUUGCAGACCCUCUUGCGCCGCAGGCUUCUCAAAGCCGUUUGAUGAAGGGCUGGGCUAGUGCUGGAUACAUGGUGAAGAGUGCCAGCCUGCCAGCCUUGUUGCCCCAACCCUCUAGAUUCCAACAUCUCGUUCCUCUACGUGGCCGGCCAAUCACAGGAUCCCCACAUGCGGCGUUUUGAAGUGAAGGCCUUCCAGUUUAUGGACCAGUCCACCAAUAAAUGCCUCAAUGAGGAGAUCUACUUCAUGUGCUCUACCAAGGUCUGUAUGCUGUCCCAGAGUCUGUGUUUUGCCAGCAGUGAGGAUUCAACUCGUUCUACCUUUGUUGGUAAACCAGAUCAUAAAGAGCAUCUUCUCUUGAUCUGGUGUCUAACUGCUGAAUAGACAGUCCUUCACUGAACUUGCUAAUGCUGGCUUUUGGCAUGUUCUCACCUGAUGACUCAUUUCUGUUCGUGACUCCGUCUCUCCACUUUGUCCACUGUAAUGUACAGGUCAUCUACCACGGCUGCACGUGUUGAGCUCAAAUUGUCAAUAAAGUCAAGCACUUUUAAAUUCAA